GAAAUUACUAUAAUUUGUAAGUUUCUAAUUGUAACUGAAAAAAAAACCAGUACAGACAGAAAAAAAAUAGGAAUUAAAAAUGCAGUUGAUGAACACCUUCACUUGUUUUCUCCUUUUAAUUCUUUCAUCAACUGCCAUUGGAGAUGAUAACACUUCAACAGAAAAUAAUGAAAUCAUUCCCAAAGAAUCAAUCAAAAACAUUGACGACACUGUUCGUCAAGCUCUCCUUCGUGCCAUAGACAAACUACAAAAGCAAACAUCAUAUUCCUCUGACGAGGAUACAACAAACAAUGAUGAAAAUACUGAUGAAGAGCCUGAGUUCCCAGCCAGAGUUGUUGAAAUAUCAACAACUACAAGUGUACCUGAAGAAAUUCUCGAGGAGAGUACAACUCCUGAUGUUGCACCAACUGUGCAAUUUUUCACUGCAUCAUUUGAUGAAAAGUUGUCAAAAGAACAACCUCUUAUAUCGUUUAUUAGUAAAGAAAAACAAUUAAAGAAGAAAAUCUUAGCUAAAGUGAGUCUAGGCUCUCCCGUUGUUCUUACUGGAACUGCCUUAAUUUCACCCGAUAAACUGCAGUCCACUCGCAGUGUAGCAUCUGAUCGUACAAAUGAAAUUUCGUCGGAGAGUAAGGCCGAAAUUCAAUUUCAAAUAACCAAAGUGAAAAAGAAGCCUGUACCACCAACUACAACAACAACUACUACUACAACAACAACCACCACAACAACUACUACUCCAAGGCCUACUCACAAUGAAGAUGGUGAAAAUAUUGAGCUGGUAGACAAGGAUGACAUAAAAAUUCAAGCAGCUCCUCUAGUGACUGCUUUCACAGUAGAUCUUGAUGAAAGAGGUGCUGCCAAAAAUGUCAUACCCAUUAUUGAACGGUAUUCAACAACAACCAAGAAACCAGAAGCCAUCCCAAGGCUUGGAGCAACUAUAGCUAGGCUUAAUGUCCUUCCAUCUGGGGAAUUACUGCCGCCAGCACUUCGUUCAGAAAAUUCUGCACAGUAUUCAAGAAAUGAAGUACCACAGCAAAAAUCUGCUCCACCAGCAACAGUGGCCAGCCGAAUUCCCGAACCAGAUACGAACGGCCAACAAAGUCCUAGUUUUCCAUUAGUCGAUAAUUACUUAAUUGAGAGACAGCGCACAUUGGAACAACAAAUCUACCAGCUUCAACUUCAAGCUAAACAACAACAAGAACAAAUCACAAGACAACUGCAGCUUCUCGAGCAACAACGUCAGCAGCAACAGCAGCAACAGCAACAACACCAACAACUUCAAACACCAGAGUCAAGUUUGCCAACCCAAAGCACUUCAAACAUCCAGAAAAGUUCAAACACUGGAUUUACAAUUCGGCCAUCUAUUGAAUUUGUUCCUACUGUCAGUAACUCAGCAGACAAUUUUGGUCUGUCGUCAAACCAACAACUUCCUUUGAAGGAUUCUCCAAAGUUCAAUAGCGAUUCGAACAGAAAUCAAUUUAACUCUAAUGAAUUCUUCAAUACAAACAACAAUGCUUUUGGAACAAGCAACAAUGGAAACCAAGCAUUCUUGCAAAAUAGAAAUCCAAAUGUGUUUGGUUUAAAUGGCGCCCAACGACAAUCGAUUGUUCAAAUUCAGCCAUCAAAUCAACUUCCAUUCCUGCCAAAUCUAUCAGAAACUUUAGUUCAACAGCCUCCAGAACUAUCUCCCUUCCAAAACCUUCCCCAAAAUAACUAUCAAGCCUUUCAAAACCUUCCAUUCCUAAACGGUGCCAAUAAUUUCCUUCAACAACAGGAAAAUCAACAACAACAACAACAGCUUCAUCGAUCUCGUCAAUUCCGACAAGAUUCACAAACAGGAAAUUUCGGUUUGAAUCAAUUAACACCAAGUCAGAAUCAGAAUUUCUACAGACAACAACUAAUAACUCCAAAUACAAAUCAGUUGCAAAAUGUUGCAGCUUCUUAUCAGUCAGCACUGAAUCAUGGUAUAAAUCCGUAUGCACAAGAAAAUCUGAGAUAUCAGGCCGGACAGGCUGGAUUCUAAGAGAUGCACCCUCUGAUCACUUAGUCUGUAACAUCAUCUAACUGCACUGCACUUUCUUCAUUUAAUGCAUGAGCAAACUUUGCCAGUCUUUUUGUUUUAUUUUUUUUGUAUGAAGCUUAAAUGUUAAACUGUUUUUUGUCUGAAAGGGUAGAUAA